UACAUCACAGAUGUAAAACGAUUGGUUAUAUGUUAUUACGUCACAAGUGCUGAUGUUCACCGUGGUUGAUUGCCGGUCUAUUGAUAUGUUCACAUAACCUUCUUUUACAUGUACUUAAAGAAAUGUGGCCCUUAAUACUGAGAUCCUUUGGCCAGUUUGGUAAAUAUAUUACGCUUCCUUUUGUGGGUAUUAUUGGAUUCAUUGGAUAUAAUGUGGAGGGAUGGGUAUCUGACCGUUACACGCCACCAACAGCAGCUAUUAAACAACAACGGCAGGAGAGAUUACUGAAAGAAAAUGUAGAUUCCUCAGCUUCCAAAAAGAAACACAAUCCUUUAGAAGUUAAUCUUUCGCCAUCAUUAUCUAGUUAGUUUACAGAUAUCAAUUGUAUCAAAUGUAUCAAAUCUUCACUCCAAAUUUAUAUAUAACAAAGUGAUUAUAUAUUUCACCCGGCCGCAGUAUGCUGUUUGGGAAGUUUUCCUGUAAAAAGUCAAAAUUAAUAUGUAAUAUGUAAUUUCUUUAAACAGCAUGAUUCUAGUAAAUUAGAUGUAUAAAUAGAAAAAUUCUUAUUCGACUCUCAA